CUUAUAAAGUGCUGUGCGCGGUGCGUCACAUGACGCGUGCGUGAUGACGUCACAUCGUCGGGCAGUAUCAACACAACAGCGCGACGGCGAGCGGGUCAGAACCGACGCAGGCUGGCGGACAGAUCGUAUUUACAUCGGUUCUACAUCAGUCUCUGUAUUGUAAGCAUCGCUGCUGUGUUAUCAUGUGUUAAUGUCGCAUUUAAAGCGGUUGUAAACGUCAUCACGAGCUUAACGCGACGCGAUCAGCCCGUACAUUAACAUAUAUGCGUAUUAAUGUGCUGAUUAUACCGACACAGCCGGACUGCACACACUCUGAGUUCUCAGGCUGAUGCCGGCUCCAGGAUGCUGUGGUGGUGCUGUGGUUCCGUGCUUCGGCUGGUCCUGAUGCUGGUGUUCUUGUUCUGCUGUCCGGCUGUGAGCUCCACCAAUGACGUCGUCCCAGCUCAAUUUGACGUCACGUAUUUCGACACGGUGACCAGCGAGAAACAGACCAUCUACUCCUACAACCACACCGUCUCCAGAAACAAGACGGAGGGUGUGCGGGUGUCGGUGGAGCUGCAGUCUGAGAGCGCACUGAGCCCCAUUCUGUUCGUGGUGCGGCAGAAACAGGCCGUUCUGUCCUUCCAGGUGCCUCUCAUCCUUAGAGGACUGUAUCAGAGGAAGUAUCAGUACACACAGGUGAGCCGGACGCUCUGUCAGCCGCCUACUAAAGCCAUGUCGGAGACGCAGUUCUUCUAUGUGGACGUGUCGACGCUGGCCAGCAGCGGGAUCAGCUAUCAGCUGCGCGUCAGUCGAGUCGACAGCUUUACUCUGCAGACUGACAAGAAAUUCAGCUUCAACGCCACACCGUCUCAACCACAGUUCUUCAAGUAUGUGUUCCCUGAGGGUGUGGACACAGUGAUCGUGAAGGUGAACUCACAGAAGAACUUCCCCUGCUCAGUCAUGUCCAUACAGGACAUCCAGUGCCCAGUGUAUGAUCUGGAUAAUAAUGUGGCCUUUAUUGGGAUGUAUCAGACUAUGACCACCAGAUCCGCCAUCACAGUGCAGAGGAAGGAUUUCCCCAGUAACAGCUUCUAUGUGGUGGUGGUGGUGAAGACUGAAGACGAGGCGUGUGGAGGACCGCUCCGGUUCUACCCCCUGCUGCCCGAUGAGCUGCUGGACGCUGGGAAUCGCAGUAAGACUCUGGAUGUGAUUGUUUCUCCUGCCAUCAACUCGGAGGUGUAUGUGAUGGGGAUGCUCUUCUGCUUGGGGAUCUUCCUGUCCUUCUACCUGCUGACGUUCCUCGUGGCGUGUCUGGAGAAUAAGAGGAUGAACAGGAAGAGGGAGGGGCUUCUGAACCCUGACACCUCACCUGCAGAGACAGCGUCUCUCUUGGGAAAGGCUCCUGUGUCUCCUUAUGAAUACGGCUCAUUUGCUGAUAACGGCAGCACACUGAGCUCUGAGGCCGUCACUGACAGCCUGACAUCAACUGAUGGAAACUAUGGAUACAUGGGGUCGGAGACUUUUAAGCGACGCCUAGUAACAGCACAUCAUGUAGCCAUCCGCUUUGAGCGUUCGCUAGAGAGCAUCUCCCGCAGCCGGCAGGAGUCUCUGAGCUCUGUGGAGGAGGACGACUACGACACACUCGCCGACAUCGACUCCGACAAGAACAUCGUUCGCACAAAGAAGUUCCUGUGUGUGUCUGAUCUCGCUCGUAAAGACAAACGCAUCCUCAGCAAGAAAUACCAGAUCUACUUCUGGAACAUCGCCACGAUCGCAGUGUUCUACGCUCUGCCGGUCAUCCAGCUGGUCAUCACCUAUCAGACGGUUGUGAACGUCACAGGAAACCAGGACAUCUGCUAUUACAACUUCCUGUGUGCACACCCUCUCGGGGCUCUAAGCUCCUUCAAUAAUAUCCUGAGUAAUCUGGGUUAUGUGCUGCUGGGUCUGCUGUUCCUGCUGAUCGUCCUGCAGAGGGAUAUUCUGCACAACCGCGCGCUGGAGCGCAACGACAACACGGCGCUGGAGUGUGGUAUCCCCAAGCACUUCGGCCUGUAUUAUGCGAUGGGCACAGCUCUGAUGAUGGAGGGGCUGCUGAGCGCCUGCUACCACGUCUGCCCAAACUACACCAACUUCCAAUUCGACACGUCCUUCAUGUAUAUGAUCGCUGGAUUGUGUAUGCUGAAGCUGUAUCAGAAGAGACACCCGGACAUCAACGCCAGCGCAUACUCCGCCUACGCCUGCCUGGCUGCGGUCAUAUUCUUCUCUGUGCUGGGGGUGGUGUUUGGUAAAGGGAACAUGGCCUUCUGGAUUGUGUUUUCUGUCAUUCACAUUCUGGCCACGAUGCUGCUGAGCACACAACUCUACUACAUGGGCCGCUGGAGACUGGACUCUGGCAUCAUGCGCAGGAUGUUGUAUGUGAUCUACACAGACUGUAUCCGCCAGUGCAGUGGACCAAUGUACAUUGAUCGGAUGGUUCUGCUGGUGAUGGGGAACAUUGUGAACUGGUCACUGGCGGCGUACGGACUCAUCAAUCGCCCCAAUGACUUCGCCUCGUACCUGUUGGCCAUCGCCAUCUGUAACCUGCUGCUGUAUUUCGCCUUCUACAUCAUAAUGAAGCUGCGCAGUGGCGAGCGGAUCCAGUGUCUGGCGCUGGUGUGUGUGCUCUUCACCGCUGUGGUUUGGGGUUUCGCUCUGUUCUUCUUCUUUCAAGGUCUCAGCACAUGGCAGAAAACUCCCGCUGAAUCUCGAGAGCACAACCGCGAGUGUAUCCUGCUGUCCUUCUUCGACGAUCACGAUAUCUGGCACUUCCUGUCCUCCAUCGCCAUGUUUGGGUCCUUCCUGGUUCUGCUCACUAUGGACGACGACCUCGACUCAGUUCAAAGAGACAAAAUAUACGUCUUCUGAUGGACGGAGCCAAUCACAGAGCAGCACAGGGGCUGUCAGCCAAUGAGAAGCCUCGCUGCCUGAAUGUAUUUUCCUGCCAGUCAGAGACUGUGUGGGUGGAGCCUCACUCUGAUAGGACAGUGAAUGUGCCAGUCAAACUGCCAGAGCUCCUCCCCUCCUCGCGAGGUUAACGGUUAAUGUAACGUGUUAAUCGCUUCAGUCCUGCCCUGCAAAUCUCAAUGCAUCUUUGUGACGGUGGAGUCGAUGUUUUUCUUUGCGUUUGUGUCCGUCUGUGGCCUUCCGUGUCUGUGGUUUUGGACCGUGUUGGUAAAUCCGAGCCGAGCUGCUUCACUGAUCUCAUGAUGAUGACGAAAUCAACUUUGCACUGUCUUAAACAAUUACAGAAGUCCUGUUUUUACACAAGCAAGUGGAAUGAUUACUGAAUAAAGCAUUUUUACGAUUGUU